GGCCCCUUUUCGGCCGCCCAGCAAUUAAAGAUUGGUUGGUGGGCAAGAUCGAGUCCCAUUGAGGUUCCAACCGCAUCAAAUCCCCCACUCUUGUGAUGGGCUAGGCAAAACGAAAAGUAGCGGAAUCUGUGAUUAUCCGGUUUAACGCUCCUGAAUGUGGUAAUCGGAUCCAAACUUUUAAUUAAAGCGACGGAGUCUGUAGACCAACUCAACUGUACACUCACUCGUUUCAAGGGAACCGAUUCUCAAGGGCGCGAGGCGUGAUUCAUGGCUUCAGACGCAUUCAGGCCCCUUAGGCCCUCGAUAGAGGGUUCUUCUCGAGUCUCGCCCGACGAGAUGAAUUCAAAGCGAAAGAAUGUCCGCACCGCAUGCGCCACGUGCAAACGGCGCAAGUUGAAGUGUACAGGUCAGGUACCAUGCCCGAACUGCGUCAAAACGGGCGCAUCAUGCGCCAUCGACGAAGAUGGCGACCAGCGGCGGAAGCAUGUGCUCAAACGAAAACUCGAUUCACUGGAUGAAAAGGGCCACCUACUGGAUCGACUAAUCGUUACACUCCAGGAGAGCGACAGGACCUCAGCUGCGCAGAUAACAAACCUUAUUCGCAGCCAUGCAUCGCUGGACGAGAUCAGAGCCUUCAUGGACGACCUGAUGGAACGCCCUCGGUUGGAGAAGACCCCCGAUCUCAUCGAAGCAUGUCAUAGCAUUCAGCAGUGGCAUGAAUCACAAAAAAGAGCGAUUCGUGCCAGGUCGGAGCCGAAGCAAUUGUCCGAUAUGGCGUUGUUUCGAGUACCCGCCCAUCCAUGGACGAGUAUCACGGAGGAUGACGACUUUGUGUCACAUUUGAUAUCACUGUGGUUCACUUGGGCACACCCGUUCCUGAACUGGAUCGAUAUAGAUCUAUUCAUCCGAGAUAUGCAAUCAGGAAAUGUAGAUUCCGAAUUUUGUUCUCCUUUCUUGGUCAAUAUUAUUCUUGCCGAUGCUUGUGCAUACUCUGACUAUCCCGAAGCAUAUGCUAUUGCGGCCGAGCAGUGGUCACGAGGACUCCACUUCUAUAAAGAGGCCAAGCGCUAUUUUGAAAAAGAUGUCGGCAAAGGAAAGAUUGUGACUCUCCAAGGGAUGGGUGUGCUAUAUCUGUGCACAUGCAUGAUUGGUCGAGACCGCAUUGGAUGGAGGUACCUUGGUGAUCUUGCAUAUGGAGUGCACGAACUGGCUGAAAAGCGUGGACCAACACCCGAAGACGCUGAUCAGGAGACAAUACGCAAAUCGAAAGCAACGGACCAUACCAUUUGGGGGCUAUUCACCUUAGCAUCGAUGUCUGCACUUUCGUAUCAAAAACCAGCACCGAUAAAAGUGCCCCAGAUACCUUAUCCGCUACCAGGUCGCAACGUUCAUCGCGAGAAAUGGUCCAAUUAUCCUCUCCAAUCCGAGACAACCAAAGCUCACACUCAGUGUCUGUCCAAGGCCCUUUAUGACGUGAGUCUUAUCACGCAUGACCUGACUUGGUGUCUGUUCAAGCGACGCGACGAAGAACAAACCCUCAAUGCGAAGUUCGUUCAACAAGCAGAAGAUGCAUAUAAUCGUCUUCGUACGUGGUAUGAUAAGUUGCCAAAUUGUCUGGGGACGAGCAAUGCCACGCCACACGUCUUGAGUCUUCACCUAAAGUACCACACGAUUAUCCAAACAAUAUUCGGCGUCUUGAAGGACCUUCCGAAAGUCGAGGACUGUGACGAAAGUGCGGAGUGGCUGUCUGAAACUCGCCAACGAGCCCAAGAGCGCUGUAUCGAAUCGGCUCUGGCAAGCGGAGAUUUGAUCGACAUUCAUUGUGAUUUAUGGGGCCUGGAUCAAAUGCCACCCGUCAAUGUCCAGUGGGUAACCGUUUCCAUGUUCACCCUCCUGCCGCACUUAGAGGAUGAAGAAAAAAACCGCAAGGCCUUUACUAGCCUAAGCAUUGCGGCCAAGGCGUUCUCCAACCGCUGGUCACUGGGCAAGGGCAUGUUGCGAUUGUUCCAGGUGACAUCCAAGCAGAUGGAAAUCAAGCUUCCCCCUGAGACGGACGCCCUUUACACUGACUUCGAGACCAAUACCUGGAGUCGCGAAGACCGCAAGAUCCUUAACAGCCAGUAUCCCAACUUUAUCAAUUCAAUGAAGGGCGGUCAGGUCGAUGACAUCGAGCUCGAUAUGUUCUUAACUAAAUUUGACGACUUGUAUCUUGAAGAUGAUGAUGAUGAUGAUGCGCAGGGAUCGGAGUUGUUCGACUAAAGUGACUGUGCAGCUAUAAAGGCGAGCUGGGGAGCCGAGAGACGACAUUGUUGAUUGAGAUCACGGAGAGCUCAGCCUGUGAGACAUUUGGGUAUACUGUUAGCUUAUCACGGAAUCAAUAACAUUGUCAAAGUCGCACAUUGUGGUUCUCGAAGAGAUGAAUCGAAAGCCUGACUUUCCAGUAAGUUCACG